UACGUUCUAGCUGAACGAACCUCUUCACAAGAUCUGUUCCUGAUUGUUUGCUCAACCUGUUUUUAAAAACCUCAAUCGAUUUGUUAAUAAGAAAAAAAAAGUAUUCAACAGAUUUCAUUCAUUCAUUCAUUCUCGCCAGCCGUCUGGUGAAACGGAAGAAAAUUGCGAAGAUUUACCGGAGUUAAACUUGACAUUUCCACAGUGGGACCAAAGACUUUGACACGGAAUCUUUUGUUGCAAAAAAACCACAGUCCGUAUAUCGCGAGGACUGAUCGACAUAAUAAAUACCGGGACUAAAUAUAAUAACGGUCCCAGCCGUGAGCUUUCUCGGCUAUAUCUGCGCGCCGAUAUAUAUACAUUCUGAUACAAAUUGGGGGAUAAUGUUCUAUAUUAACAAUAAAACGGACCCACAGACGAAGCGCAACCAUGAAUGAACCUCAAUAAAAUUGAAUGCGGUGGAGGAAUCCCGAUUACUACAUAGCGUGCUGCCGAUGAUACGGACGGGACUAAACGACAACAGUUCGUGGAAGACGGAGCUGAUACAGCGCGCGCGCAGACAACCAGCAGCAAUGACCAGACUCUCGGGGGUCGGGGUAUUCUGGGCCCUACUGUCCCUCCUGGCCGCGGUGGGGGCCAGUUUCGGAUUUUACAUGCCAUAUUGGCUGCAGGGACAGCUCAAUGGGAUACCGGUGUAUUUUGGUGUAUUCAGACGCUGCAACUACCCAAGAAGGACUUUUAACGAUGAGUUUGAAAUGGUGGAGCAGUGUGGACGCUAUUCGAGCUUCACGGACAUUCCGAGUCUGUGGUGGCAGGUGGCCACUAUUGCCGUGGGGACGGGAUGUGGACUAGCCGUCCUCAUUGCUUUAAUUGCUAUUCUGGCGAUCUGUAUUAGAGGGAUUAUAUCGCCUUUCAUAGCCAGAAUUGCCGGAGUGUUACAAAUGUGUUCGGGUUUACUGAUUGGAGGAGGUGUUGCUAUUUACCCUCACGGCUGGACCAGCAUGGAAGUACAGCAAGCAUGUGGCAAUUUGUCAGGCUCCUAUAAAUUUGGUACCUGUACAUUCUAUUGGGCCUUCUACCUGACCGCCGGGGGAGCCGCCUUGACCCUGAUCACUGCAAUGUUCUCGUGCUGUGCCAGCACGCCCAAGAGGGACAGACCUUACGAUGACGUAUAGAGGACCCGCGGAUGUCGUCAUCAUGUCGCAAUAUUCUAUACAAAGUCCAAUGAAAUAUAGAAUAGUCUUGGAAUCGUGCGUAGAGGAAAUGAUAUUGUUCCAGUCCCCUCAGUAUUGAAAGUUUCGUGUCUUGACUCCGACAUUGGCAUGCAGAGGCCGUAGUGAUAUGCAUGCAAAGUCAUGUAAUGUCUAGCUGAGACUGACGAACAUGCAUCCAAACCGCAAUUGACCCGAGUGUAGAUUUUCUGCAUUAACAUAUGUUCAGAUAUAUUUUAUUUAAAUGUAUAUUGAAUUAGAUAUUAUUAUACAUGCACAUGUCAGAGAGAGCGAGAGAGAGAGAGAGAGAGAGAGAGAGAGAGAGAGAGAGAGAUGCGUUGAGUGACAGUGACAGUUCUGUGUAGCAAAGCUUUGUUUACAUCCAUGUUCACUCCCGCACCUCUGACAUCAACAUGUUUCUGUGUUGUACAGUACAUAGAAUAUUUGGCUGGAUUCUGUUCCAUUACCUACAUGUACAUUGUUGCACACAGAGUUUUGAUUAAUUCUUUUUUAUUAUUAUUUAUGUUGUAUAUUAAAUUUGAACUGCACGUUGACUUUUUA